GAAAAUAGAUUCAAGAUGGCUCUCUUAAAUGUUUGAGAUGGCGCAAGUGAAAUCAAUUUUGAAGAGUUCAUUUUUAUUUGCCUUACGGGAUAAGAGCAGACCAAUUAGGCUUGGAGUCCGUUCAGCUCACAUAAGUACUGAAAAGUCAGAUGAACUUGAUAAACCUGUAGAGUAUUCAAAAAGCAAAGCAUACACAUGGAAGGCACAGAAGACCAGAAGUGGAGGUCACCUUGACAACUAUCCUUCAUACCAGCCAUACAUCGUUUCUGGUUGCCUAACUGUAUUUCUACUUUACUUCUGCGUCUUUAGGGAAGAAAACGACAUUGAUGAAGAACUAGGGAAAACCUUGUAUGACAGGAUAGAAGGACUGGAGGAGAGGCAGUUGCAAAUAGCACUCAAACAUAAUCUGGAGAACAGGCAGGAUACUUCAGCAAUAGUAGAGAGGUUGAAAGAGCUGCAGAAGAAAUAGUGUAUAAAAAGGCACAUUAUUUGAAAAUAAAGGCAUGUAAUUAAUACCA